AUGACAUUCAAAUUAAGUGAAGAAUUCAUUCGCCCCUAUAGAGAAAUAAAGCCAAAAUUCGGGUUUAACGGCCUUGGAGAAAUAAUUUUCAGAAGGUCCUAUUCAAGAAUGAAAGACGAUAGAUCUUAUGAAAGCUGGUCAGAAGCCUUAGAAAGGGUCGUAAAUGGGACCAUAAAUCUGAUGCUCAAAAAGUCUCAAAGCCCCGUUGAAAACCUGACAGAAACCGCCGAAAAAAUGUAUGAUAAAAUGUUCAACUUCAAAUUUUUGCCUCCAGGAAGAGGGUUAUGGAACAUGGGCUCAAAAUGCACAGAAGUUGACAAUUUUUAUACAAAUUUGAACAACUGUGCUUUUGUUUCUACCAAAGAUAUAGACAAUGGAAACCCAAGCAAGCCUUUUGCUUUUUUAAUGGAGGCGUCAUUUUUGGGCAUAGGGGUGGGCUUUGAUACUAAGGGGGCAAAUAAAAUUUCAAUUUGUUCACCAAAUGGAAUUCAGGAUUAUUCAGUUGAAGAUACAAGGGACGGAUGGGUAAGUUCAGUAGCCCUUCUGCUAAACAGCUAUUUUAAAGCUGAUCAGCCAGAAAUCACUUUUAGCUAUGAGAAUAUUCAUGAUGCUGGAACCCCUGUCAAAGAUUUUGGAAUCUCAAGAGGCUCAGACCCUCUUCAAAAUUUGCACUCAAGCAUAAGAAAUCUGCUAACACCUCAAAUCGGCCAAAAAAUUACCUCACGGCUGAUAGUAGACAUCAUGAAUUUAAUAGGGAAAUGUGUGGUAGCUGACAACGUCCGAAUGCCAGCAGAAAUUGCAUUUGGUGAGCCAAAUGACCUAGAAUUCCAAGAUCUAAAAGACUAUGAAAAAAAUCCAGAAAGACUCGAAUUCGGCUGGAAUAGUAACAACUCAAUACUAGCUGAGCUCGGAAUGGACUAUCAAACAAUUGCAGAAAAAAUCAUAAAGAAUGGAGAGCCAGGCAUCGCCUGACUAGAAAACAUGCAAAAGUAUGGAAGAAUGCAAGACGCGCCUAACAACAAAGACAAGGAAGCCUUGGGUGGGCCUCCUUGUUUAGAGCAAACCUUCCUCCUCCUCCCAUGAGCGAACAAAAAAUUUGGUUCAGAGAGGGUAAUUUUUAUUUUAAAAAAUUUAUAUUUUUUUUUUCAAAAUCCCAAUUCUAAAUAAUUUUAAUUUAAUCUAUAAAAAAUCUAUAUUUUAAAAUGCAAGCUGUUUUAAAUUAAACAGAAUUAACUCGAGAAUUCAUUAUACUAAUCAUCACUUAUAUAUAAAAAUAUUUUUCAUAAAAAAUUGCUAUAUUAUGGCUUUGCUUGCUCACUGACAGAGGAGCUAGAGUCCUAUGAGCUGUGCUGCUUGGUAGAAAUUUUUAUCAACAACCACAGCUCUCUAGAAGAAUUUUUAGACACGUUAAAAUACGCGUUUAUUUAUGCAAAAACAGUGACUCUUGGGCUUACUCAUUGGCCUGAUGUAAAUGAAGUCAUGACCAGAAAUAGAAGAAUUGGAACCUCGCUGACUGGAAUCGCCCAAUUUUUAGGGAGAGAGAGUUUGGGAGCCCUAAAAUUGUGGUGCUGUAAAGGGUAUCGAUAUCUGAAGAGACUUGAUAGGCAGCUAUCAAGGCUUUUUGGUGUUUCAGAUUCGAUAAAAAUUAUACCAUUAUUCAUUAUUUAUUCCUUCAUAAAAGCCAUUAUUAUACUAUUUUUAUAUUAAAACAGGAUUCUUAUUUUCUCAAUGCUUAAAUUUUCUAUUCAAAAUUAUUCUAAUUCUUUAUACAACAGUCAAGCCAAGUGGAACCAUUUCUUUAUUAGCUGGUGCGUCUUCGGGGUUGCAUUUUCCAUUUGCUCACACUUAUAUAAGAAGGAUUCGUAUGCAGUUAUCAGAUACGAACUUGCUUAAUAAGCUGCAAGCACAAGGAUAUCAUAUAGAGCCAGAUUUUAUGAACGAAAACGCUAUGGUAGUCUCAAUUCCAAUAAAAGAAAACGAAAACGUGAAGGUUUUAAAAGAAGUCAGCAUGUGGGAGCAGUUAAGUCUGGCUGCCUUUAUGCAGUAUUAUUGGGCUGACAACCAAGUUUCAUGUACAGUUACUUUUGAUCCAGAAACUGAAGGAAAAUUAAUUCCUGACGCUUUGAAUUAUUUUCAAUAUAAGCUAAAAGGAAUUUGCUUUUUGCCUUCAAGACAAAGUUUGCCUUAUCCUCAAAUGCCAUAUGAAGAGAUAAGUGCAGAAAAGUACUUGGAGAUGCAAAAAAGCAUAAAAAGUGACGUGGAGUAUCAACAACUCUCAGAAGAAGUCGAAAGAGCUAGAGUGCCCGUUGCAUUUUGUGACGGCUGCACUGCAGUUGUCUAA